AUGUGAUUUGCUUCCGAUGGCGAUCUGAACGGUUCACAAUUUUUUAACAUCCAAAACGCUCGCUCCAACGUAGUAUGACUACCGCGUUCAACUCUACAUCGUAGCAGCAGCCGCAGCAGGUUAAACAAUCAGGCCCAGUGGACACCCGCUCAUAACAUCCGAGCUUACGUCUUACGGAAAAUCUCGAGACGGUACGUGCAGGUUAUAGAACAUUACCAUUAUCGUCAGCAUUGCAGCAACCAGCGGAAAACUUGGCAGAACUCAUCGUUCCAACAGCAGCUUGGCAGAUACAGAACAUCUACUGCAAUUCGAACGUGCUUGAAAUAGGGGUGAAUUAGAAAGACUUCCCAACAUGGCUGACCAGCAAGCAAGUGUUGAACAGCAGCAGGCACCGCCACCUCCACAACAGCAGGCCGCACAGCAGCAGCCGCAACAGACUGUUUCCGGCGAGCAGCCGCCACAGUCACAACCUGCCCCGGCUCAGGAUGCCGGUCAGAAGCCGGCUGCUGCGUCCGGCACCGCACCUUCAGCCGCUGCUCCGCCACAACCGCAAAAGGAAAUCAUAGCCACGAAGGUAACCGGUGUGGUGAAAUGGUUCAACGUGAAGAGCGGUUACGGUUUCAUCAACCGGGGCGACACGCAGGAAGAUGUGUUUGUACAUCAAUCCGCAAUUGCGAGAAACAACCCAAAGAAGGCUGUCCGCUCUGUAGGCGAUGGUGAGCAGGUCGAGUUUGAUGUGGUCAUCGGGGAGAAGGGCAACGAGGCGGCCAACGUAACCGGACCGCAGGGCGAACCAGUGAAGGGCAGCCAGUAUGCGGCGGAGAAACGUCGAGGCUUCCGUCACUGGUGGCAGAAGCGUGGCCAACGCCGCCCUGGUCAAACCCGUGGCAAGGACGGUCAGCUGGAAGGUGGCCAGGGAGAUGGCCAGCAGCAGAAUGAUGGACAGAUGCAGCAGCAACAACAGCAACAGCACCAACCACAACAGCAACAACAAUCUAUUAGCAAGCAGCAGCAACAGCAAUCACAGCAGCCUCGUCGCUACCGCCCACGUGGACGUGGUGGAUACGCAUCCUACUAUUCCCGCCCGGCUCCCCGUGGACCACGCCGCGACAUGGUGAUGGGUGAUAACGGCCAGAUGGAUAAUAAUAUGAUGGAUGAUAAUGGUGGAAUGCGCGGCCAGGGAGGUCGCGGUGGAGGUGGUCCGCGCCGAUUUUUCCGACGCAACUAUCGUAGCGGUGGCCGCGGUGGUGGCAUGGGUGGUCCACCGGGACCCCGCCGUGGUGGCUAUAGACCGGACUAUCAAGCCGAUUACCAGCAGAACGGUGGUGGCCAAGAACAGAUGGCACCGCGCCGUGGUGGUGGCAUGCAGGGACGCGGUUCCGGCGGUCGUGGGCGAUUCCCGCGCCGUGGCCGUAACCCACAGCGUCCGCGUAAUGAUGGUGGCGUUAAUAACGCCGUUCAGAACACCACCACCGAGAGUUCGGCAUAAGGCGGCAGUACAACAUACGCCCCUGACCAUAAGAUGCCCAACCACUAACCUGCAUCACCAUCAUAACCGCUCGAGUAACAACGGAGACGGAAUGGCCCGCGCCUAGUAUCAUCCUUUAUAAUGCGCGGCCAAAUAACACGCACCGAAUGAACGAACAGCUCUCGAAUCACUCCACAACCAUCGCACGAUCGAUCGAUCUCUCAACAGUGGCGGACAAACAACAUCGUCGUUAGAUGGACUAGUGCCCAACAUGUUGGUCACCGUGUCCACUUCUGGUCCACAGGAAACGAAACUGCGUAAGUACAAGCUUGAUCAACACCAUAAUGCUUUUCCAACAGUAUUGCGCACUCCGUAUCCUUACUUUCAUUAUCGUGUUUACGUAGAAACAGAAGCAAACGAUGCAAGAACAAUUGAAAGCGAGCGCCGCGCACAUAAGUUGUGUAAUUAAUAUCCCAACAAUCGUACAAUUCUCGGGUCUUUGUUUCGGUGCGUGUAUUUUCUGAACAAAGAAAAUGAAAUAUUAAAAAAAGAUUACAAAUAUGAAAGAGCGAUUAUAUUAUUUAAAAACAAACGAAUAACAAUUAAACGUAAAAAAACAUACAUUGCACUAUCCUUUACUUGAGCAGCAAGAGAAGCGUACUACUAGUGAAAUCAAUUGGAUAAGAGAAGCGGAGAAUUUCUCGAUUGAGUGUAACAACAGCAUUCAUAAUAGAACCAAGUAGGAAGAUCCCUGGGAGUAAGGAAGAACGUAUAGAAAGCCUGCUAAUUUAAAAGUAAUAUCAAGAUCAAGUAUAUUUUCUGUCGCUGCUGCAGUCGCGUGUUAGGUACGCGCGCGCGCGCGUCCUCAGCGAAUAUCAUCCUUCCAUCGGCAGGAGGACGACCGCGACCUGUGUGUAUUAGGGAAACGAAAAUUGGAACGUAACACCUAGAAAACAAAGACCAACUCAAAGUAACUAGCGCGCACAGGCACAAUCGGUAACAUUGUCGCGUACGAGAUACAGGACCUCGAUCGUCUCGUACCCGAAGCAUCAAUGAUGCUUGCACAUAAGUAAAAUGAUUAACAACGUUCAGCGAAAGUUUCGCUAGAAUAAACGAUAGGCAAGAUGCAGAAGCAUAGGGCUGGGCUUGUUCCGUGUUUGGUGUGUUUGUUGUAUAAGUGAACAUAUAUGUGGCCACAGGUUUCCUAUCAGGUGUGUGUGUGAGAGAGAGAGAGAACGGAAAUAUUACGCCAUGGUUCCAAAAAUUGCAACCAAAACUUCAACUACGCGACAAAACAGUGAACUUACUUACUACCCCACACACAGCCACAAUUUAUAGCUGCUACUAUUUGAAUUUCGGUUCAUCGUUUCAUCCAGUAUAUGUCUACAAUUUCAAUCAUUUUAUGCACCAAUUUUUCCACCAUCCUUUUGAAAUAUGGUGUUUUAUGGAUAUACUUCCCCGUUUUUAGGAACAAUGCCGCGGGAGACGAUCGUGGUAAUUUGAAACAUUUGUUAUUUUUUGGAAGAUCACUUGUUACAACUUACCGCCAGAGAAAAUUGAUGAUGAAGAUAGUAACAACAUGAUAAAAACAAAAUACACACUUAAGCAAUUUGAUGUAAUACAGGCAAACAACAAUACAAACUACUAAAUAUGAUAAGCAGGCAAACUCGAGAAAUGAAACCAUCAUGCAAAGAUGAGUCACUCUCUCUCCCUUGAAGUGUGUGUUUUUGUGUGUGAAAUGUACGGCAGACAAGAGCUAAUUAACCAGGGAAACAUUUGAGUAACAAUAAGUACGUUUGAGUUUUGAGUAAUGAUUGUCAGUUUGAAGUUAAAUAACAUAUUAGUAGAAAAGAAAACAAAAAAAAACAGAAGGAAAUGGAAAGAAAAAAACAGCAGCUAGCAAGUGUAACGAGGUUGGAAUGAGGAAGGUUAGUAACAGCAUGAAAAUGAAAGGAAGGUAAAUUGAAGCAAAAACCCGUUCCAGCCUCGUAAAAGGUUUGCAAUAGAACUUAUUCUACACUAAAUGAUAAAAAAUAACAUUUCAACAAAACGAAUGAAACAACCUAACCACACACCACGUAAUUCAACGAUAGUAGAAGUCGGUUGUGAACGAAACAGUACGGCAACACACAGUUAAAGGGUUUCUUUAAGCAGAACCACAAAGCCAAAGCAAAUGGAAAAAAAAACAUUCUCCAAGAACACGCCAAAAAUUGGAAAUCGCCUACUAAGGUGAUCCAAGAUGGCGCUUGGCUUGUCGGGCAAUUGGGGGACGGACGGAAAAUCAAAGCAACACCGAUCCCACACACAGCAGCAAACUACGCUUUCGAUCCACGUGUCGUAGUAGUCCGCCAUUUUCUACCAUCUAUCCGCGUGGUGGUGGUGUGCAACCGGAGAACGAUCGCGGUUUGCUUUGCAUAUGUAACGAAGGAUGCGUUCAGGUGUUUUGGUUUUUCCCAUUUACUCCCCUUUUGGUUUCGUCUGUAGGUGUGUGCGUGUGUGUAUUAGGUUUUUCAUUUUCCGAUUUGAUUUACCCAGUGGUUUUCUGUGUUUUUUUUGUCAAAUUUACUUACACUAAAACAACCACGGCCGUUUGUGCGUUAUAAGAUUGUGUUUUGUGUUCAAUCUUCCCAGCUUACAAAUCAUUUUUUAUCAGCGCUACAUCCUUACCUUAGCAUAAGAUCGUACAAAUGGUUGAUUGGAUUUAUUGCUUUUUUUAACAAUUUGUGUUUUUAUUAAUGCAACUCUUCGUAAACACUCUACUACUACCAUCAAGCAGCACAACCAUGCAAGGGAUUGGGGCAGUAUAAACCAUUCUUCUCGACCGGCAUUAUUGAAAAUUAACGAUCGCGCCCAGCUAAUCACGCAUUCCUGCAACACGCGUGUUUCAAAAUAGACAGCAAUUCCCCAAUCGCCUGUGUGUAUGUGGGAAUUGGUAAGUGUCUCUGUGAAUAAGCAGGAGGAUAUUUUUAGCAUUUGCGGGGAAGUCUCUCGAAAAGAAGCGAGACCCGCACGGCCACAUACUAGCCAGGUAUGUGCGUGUGCGGUUCCGGGUUUCCCUGUGGUGUAUUCACAUCAAAACAUGCGAGUUGUUAGAGUGUGACGUUUGUUUUUUUUUUUUAAACGGAGAACUGCAUUAUGCUGCAAAAAUUUCAAUCUAGAGAAGAUGGCCCCGGGAAGAACGGUGUUAGAGUAAUGCCUGCAGGAAGAAUAACAUUUUUUUUUCUUUCUUUGCGCCCUAAUCCCAUGCGUGAGGCAAUUUUUAUCUAGACAGUCAAGUGAAGGUUUGUGUUUUGUUUUACCAUUUUACACACCGUUUGAUGGUAUAGCAGGAAAUUACACACCUAAAGUGUUUAGUGACAAAAAAUCAACAAAUUAUUAAUACACAUUUAACAGUCUCUGUAAGCUAAGAGGUAGAGGAGCAAAAACAAAGUGAAAUUGCAUGAAGAAUGUCGCGCGAAAAAAAAACAACAAAGAAAAAUACAGAACGAUAAGUUCAAGCAGAACAAACCAUAAGCAACUGUACGCCACCAUUGCUCUUUAAUCAACAACAAACCAAAGGUAAAUAAAUUGAGCAAGUAACCAUUACGAACAAGAGUGGCAUAAACCAGCAUAAAAAAAAGCAACAAUUACAUCUUACAAUAGUUUAACCACAUAAAUAAGCAGGAUUCGGUAGAAUUAUAAACAUCGGUUGCAGGCAGGUUGUUUGUUUUGAUUGUUCAAACAGAUAUACUACAUACAUUUAUUCUCUACCAAGAACCAGCACCAUGUAAUACACGAACAUUUGAUAUAUACAUUUGAAAUCAAGAGAUCGAAAGAGAGAAGGAAUGCAAAACAAAAUUUGCAAAUAAUAUAUCAUAAAUGAACGAAAACCAAGCAAAAAAAUCACCUAAAUAAUGAAACCAAGCAAACACACUAUUGUACACUAGAAAUAAUAUGCGUGAAACAAAUGAAGAAGCAACAGUAAAAAAAAGGAGAGCUAAACAAAAGCAGAACGCGAACGUUCAGCAUUGAUGUGUUGAUGGAAGGCCAAGCAAAAUGUGAAUCAUUGAAAAAUGGAACCAGUUUGCCUGUACGCGAAGAAAUGUGUGCAAAAAAAACAAUUAAAGAACAAGAAAACAGCAAGAAGAUGCAAAUACUAUGGAUAACUAAUAAAUAAUAUGCAAUGUAGUGUGUGAACGCCACUUAGAAACAGCAACAACAGCAAGUAAACCACCUUGUAGAACUGCGGUGGAUAUAAGGAGCAAACAAAACAAAAAAAAAACGAAAAGAACCACAACAUACGGUAAAUGAAUACCAGUUAAUAUACCAAGCAUAUAAGAACAUCCUUGAAUGAGAAGAACGC